AUGCACGCCGCCGUGGCGGGGCCGCUGCUCGCCGCGCUCCUCGCCACAGCCCGCGCCCGCCCGCAGCCCCCCGACGGAGGACAGUGCCGGCCGCCAGGAUCGCAGAGGGACCUGAACUCCUUCCUGUGGACAAUCCGGCGGGACCCCCCGGCCUACCUGUUUGGUACCAUCCAUGUCCCCUACACCAGGGUCUGGGAUUUCAUUCCCGACAACUCCAAGGCUGCCUUCCAGGCCAGUGCCCACGUCUACUUCGAGCUGGACCUGACUGACCCUUAUACCAUCUCAGCACUGGCCAGCUGCCAGCUGCUGCCGCACGGGGAAAACCUGCAGGACGUGCUGCCACGUGAGCUCUACUGGCGCCUGAAGCGCCACCUGGACUACGUGAAGCUCAUGAUGCCCUCCUGGAUGACACCUGCGCAGCGGGGCAAGGGCCUCUACGCUGACUACCUGUUCAACGCCAUCGCGGGCAACUGGGAGCGCAAGAGGCCGGUGUGGGUGAUGCUUAUGGUGAACUCGCUCACGGAGACGGACGUGCGCUCCCGUGGGGUGCCUGUGCUCGACCUCUACCUGGCGCAGCAGGCGGAGAAGAUGAAGAAGAGCACCGGUGCAGUGGAGAGGGUGGAGGAGCAGUGCCAUCCGCUCAACGGGCUCAACUUCUCCCAGGUGCUGUUUGCUCUGAACCAGACCCUGCUGCAGCACGAGAGUGUGCGGGCCGGGAGCCUGCAGGCGCCUUACACCACCGAGGACCUCAUCAAGCAUUACAACUGUGGAGACCUCAAUGCUGUCAUCUUCAACCAUGACACGUCCCAGCUGCCCAAUUUCAUCAACACCACACUUCCGCCACAUGAACAGGUGACCGCCCAGGAGAUUGACAGCUACUUCCGCCAGGAGCUCAUCCACAAGAGGAACGAGCGCAUGGGGAAGCGGGUCAUGGCACUUCUGCGGGAGAAUGAAGACAAGAUCUGCUUCUUUGCCUUCGGAGCAGGUCACUUUCUGGGGAACAACACUGUCAUCGAUGUUCUGAGGCAAGCCGGGCUGGAGGUCGACCACACACCUGCAGGGCAGGCCAUCCACAGCCCUGCUGCCGGGAGCCCAGCACCCCUGCCAGAAGGGACCUCGGCAAGCCCAGUGCCAGUGACGCCCGCCAUGGCCAUCCCCUCGUCAGCCUCAGUGACCCCGACUGCCCCUACUGAGGAGGAGGACCCAGCCCUGUCCCCGCACCUGCUGCUGCCGGAUAGCCUCAGCCAGCUGGAAGAGUUUGGACGGCAGAAGAAGUGGCACAAAAGGCACAACAGACACCAGCGGCCACGACAGUUCAAUGACCUCUGGGUCCGCAUCGAGGACAGCACCACUGCCUCGCCACCCCCGCUGCCCCUCCAGCCCACCCAUGGCUCCGGGACUGCAAAAUCACCCUGCCAGCUAUCUGAACAGCUCCACCAACACGACCCACCACGGCCUGCCAGCAGCUCAACGUCCAGCUGCCCUCAGCCCACCCUGGACCUCCUCCCCAGUGUUGCGGUAGCCAUGGCAGUUCCCUUCCUGCUGCAUGGCCAUGGGCCCUGCUGA